UGACGUAUUACUGUCGAAUCAAGAAGUCGAUUUGGACAGGAACCCCGUCGUACAUAAGACUAACGCCUUGGCAAAUCUCCUUUCCCGCGUCCAUGAUGAUCUAGACAGUAUGUCAGCCUUUGUAGUCAGCCAUGUAGGGGGACGUUGAAAUAAUCUCGCAGGUCCCGCGCCCUUAGAGAAGGCCUAUCUAUCUCCUAUUUGGUUUCUAUAGCCUAUAGGUUCUGGAGCGUCUAAAAAUUGGACAGAGAGAUGUCCUGGGACAAUAUGGAGAAGUUACAAGACGCCCCGCCGCGAAGCUCGCGUAUGGUAUUUAUGCGAUCCAAGAAGGGGAUUGCAAUUUUCACCGGAGUCACCUGCCUUCUCGUCGCGGCGAUAACAGUAAUUGCUCUCGCUGCGACGGGUGUGGUUCAUGCCGGAGGCUCAUCCGAUGGAGCGAAAUCUAAUGAACAAUUAGCUGCUGCAUCGUCACCUGCGUCAGCAACUGUGGCAAUUACUGCAGAGUCGGCAGUCGGUGUGCUUGAGCCAACAUCAGCAUCAAAAUCUAUCUCAGUGUCUACCGCGACAUCAAUUACAACUACAUUCACAUCUAAAACUAUCGAGGCCAAACCUACUACAUCGACCUCGGAUGACUCCACAUCAUCAUCUACGCCAACUAACGGAAAGUCCGCCACAAGCCCUAGCGAUGUUCCCCUGAGGAUAAUGGCGCUCGGCGCCUCCAUCGUUAAGGGAGAGACUUCCCCGGGAUAUUUAGGCUUCCGCAAACCUUUGCGCGACCAGCUGGUCGGUUUGGGCUAUAAAGUAAACAUGGUGGGCUCCGUAAGGCUAGGCGACUUUAUCGACAACGACGUGGAGGCGUACGGAGGCAAGAAGAUCAAGGAGAUGCACAGCUAUGCCGAGAAGGCUGUGCCCAAGACACUACCCAACGUGUUCCUCAUCAACCUGGGAACCAAUAACCUGCUUCAGAAUAAAGACGUCGACAAAGUGGGCGCACAGAUGGAGGAUAUGAUCGACUACCUACUGAAGGCGUCGGAUAAAUCCACGGUCAUCCUGAGCACGAUGCUCACGAAUAAGGUCGGCAACCUCGAGGCCACGGUCCUGGAUAUGAACGCGCAAUACCGGAGUAUCAUGAAGAAGUUCGAAGCAGACGGGAAGCCCGUCGUUCUGGCCGAGAUGCAUCCUAGCGAGGGCGCUGCGGGGGUUCCCUCGGUGAACGAGAUCGGACCCGACGGCUCGCACCCUACAGUCCGGGGCUACGAGAUGAUGGGCAGCGUUUUCGUCAAAGCGAUCCAGGAAGCCCAGGAGAAGGGGUUUCUCAAAACCCCCGCUAAGAACGGUAUUCCUGAUGACGGCGAAGCUGAGAGGGCUGGGUCGAGCGGUAGCUGAGCUAAGCUACACCAGCAUCAUAGUCGCCGCUCAACCAGAAGACACCCCAAGUACUUCAUGUCUCUUAAGUAACUAAAUAUGCGGUCCAUUCCAUCACACUAAUACAUCUACGAGCUCUGGAGAUGAGCAACAGGAAGCUUUAAAUGAAAUACGGAGCGACUUGGGCCUGUAUUAUAUUUUAAUCGUCCAGGCGUACGUACAUAGGCAGUUCCUCCUCGAAGCGACAGCAGCUCCAUAUUAGUUUAUAUAGGCUGCUGCAUCUCGGAUACCCCGAUAAACAGUAGCUGGUGAAGGUGGACAAUAUGUGUGC